AUGGAGGAGUCUCAGUACUUGUUGUGGUUCAAGAGAAAACAAAUCUUGAGGUCACAUAUUCAACAACCAUUUGGAGCUGGCAACAACAGCACCACCUCUUCAUGGGAGGAAAGGGCUUUUGCAGAAGAUGCUGCUAGGAUACUUGGUGGGUGCAUAUGGCCGCCAAGAUCUUACUCAUGUAAUUUCUGCAAAAGAGAGUUUAGGUCUGCUCAGGCUCUAGGGGGACACAUGAAUGUGCACAGGAGGGACAGGGCUAGACUCAAACAAAGCCUUAGUCACCAUAAUGAAGCCCUUCAACAUCUUAACAAAAAUGAUUGUUCAGUUGCAACAAGCAAAGUCUCAUCUUCUAAGCUCUCAACUAUAUCCACUCAAGAAAAUUGUUAUCAUCAGCCUACCAUGUCUCCUUACUCUUCUUCAACUAGUUGGGGACAUCAGCACAUGGGGUCUCCUGAUUCAGAACCAAAAGGGUCUGCAGUGAAUGGAAGGGAACAUUUUUUAAAAGGUUUGGGUUGUAAUGAUUAUGUUGAAACAAGUUUGUCCGUGGGACAAAGUUCAGUGUUUGGCCAAAAAUUACCAAUGGAAUCAUGUGGCGACGAAGCUAUCAGUUAUAAAAGAUCAAAGACUUCUAUGCCUCCUUUGCCUGUCUUCCACAAACCAUGUUCAAGUGAUAGACACCUAACUUUUCAGUCUGCAGAGUUUGUACUUGGACUCAAGCCUGGAAUGGAAGACUUAGAUCUUGAACUCAGGCUGGGGAAGCCACAGAAAGUUAUUUAG